AACACGCGCCGGCGAACCUCGACAGAUAAUAUGUUUAAUUUUAUCAUCUUUAAAUACCAACAGAUAGAGAUCAAACACAAUCGGAAAGUGUUGUAUUUAUUUUCUAAUAUUGUUAAAAACACAAACACGCUGAGAUAAGAUCAGAUGCGCGAUUAGGUUGAGCCGCUCGGCACAUCCGGUGAGAAACGGACAAACGCGGGAGCGAAGCGCGACAAUACAAAUUCACUCCCCAGCGUAAAAACACGACUAAAUCGCGAUUUUUAUGAAUAAAAUCGCUUUGGGGGUUAUCAUAUGAACUCGAAAUGACGGAGCUACUUUUCAACAAGAGGUUACAGGUGUUCGUGAAGAAUAGAGACACCGACGAGAGGCGUUCAGUCAUUCGUAUCAGUAUUGAACUGCUGCCAUCAUCGAGUCCUGUUCAUAGAAAGGAUUUGGUUGUGCGGUUGACAGAUGAUACUGAUCUUUACUUUUUAUACAACCUUGUCAUAUCAGAGGAAGAUUUUCAGAGUUUAAAGGUACAACAAGGGCUUUUAAUAGACUUCACAUCGUUCCCACAAAAAUUUAUCGACUUGCUUGAGCAGUGCAUCUCUGAGCAGGACAGAGAAAGCCCUCGGUUUCUCUUGCAGUUCACGUCGGCUUCAUCAGCGUUCGAUCACAGUCCUUCAAACCUUAACAUUGUGGAGACGAACGCUUUUAAGCACCUCACGCACCUCUCUCUGAAACUGCUGCCGGGAUCUGAUGCGGAUAUCAAGAAGUAUCUGGCCACAUGUCUGUCCACCGUAAAGGAGGAAAAGCAGCAGUUGGACCAGAAGCUGAGAAAGACUGAGGAAGAUCUGACACGACAGCUAAAUUAUGCACAGCAAACGCUGUCUGAGAAAAGUCGAGAGUUGGACAAACUGCGAUCUGAAUGGACGUCACAGACGACCUCUCUGUCCAGCAGACACAUGCACGAUCUCUCAGCUGAGCGUGAAAAAGCUCUUGAGACACAAGCCCGUCUGCAGCAGCAGAACGAACAGCUGCGUCAGGAACUUGAGUCGUCUCAUCACAGAAGCACCCAGCAGCUCCAAACCAAAGUCUCUGAACUAGACACGGCCAACAGAGAGCUCAUGGACAAGAAAUACAAGAGCGACUCCACCAUUCGAGAUCUUAAAGCCAAACUGGCCAGCCUGGAAGAGGAGUGUCAGAGGUCCAAGCAGCAGGUUCUGUCACUGAGGAGAGAGAACAGCACCCUGGACAUCGAAUGCCACGAGAAAGAGCGUCUGGUCAACCAGCUGCAGACGCGAGUGGCAGUCUUAGAGCAGGAGAUCAAAGAUAAAGAGCAGCUCGUGCUGCGAACCAGAGAGGUGCUGGAGGCCACACAGCAGCAGAAGAACUCUGUGGAAGGAAAUGUUGAAAGCAAGCAAGUUCAGGUCAGCAAGCUGGAGGCCACGGUUAAAUCCCUGUCGGAGGAGCUCAUCAAGGCGAACGGCAUCAUCAAGAAGCUCCAGGGGGAUCUGAAGGCGCUGGUGGGGAAGAUCAAGGUGAAGAACACCGUGACCGUGUCUCAGGAAAAGAUCCUGCAGGAAACUACGGAGAAACUGCAGCGGGAGCAGCGAGAGCUGCAGGACGCCCAACAACGACUCCGACAGAGAGAGGAAGAGGUUACCAAAUUAAAAGAACAAUUAGAUGCGACAGUUCAGAAACUGGACGAGAGCAGGGAAGUGUUAAAAACCAAUGAGAACGUGAUAACUUGGCUGAACAAGCAACUGAAUGAGAACCAGCUCUCUCGGAAGCAGGAAACUUUAGGAAUGUUCGAGACUCCUGCCGCAGGUCUGAGAACAGGAAGUGUUCCUCACAGUAUGCUUGAUAGCAAAGGUUUCCCCUCGUCUUUGGGACAGGGUUACCCCAUCACCUCUACGAUAAACUCCAAAUAUCCUCUUCCUCUUUCCUGUGUGAGCUCAGGACCUCGCUCUGUCCUGUCAGCACACAAUCAGACGUCUGGACCAAAGGUCCAGUUUAACCCCAUGAGUGCCAAACCUUCAGCAGCAGAUGUGAGUCCCACUGCACUUUCCCAGCCCUCCAAUAAAGAGAACGGAGAACCUGUUGGGCUGGACUCCAAGUACUUUGAGAGACGAGAUGACAGCAUUCCUCUCCGCGGCCUUCUACCCAGCAUGCAUCUAAACCGAGAAGUUCCUAAGCCUUUGAACACGGCUGGAGCAAGGCCAGCAGCGUCCACAGCUUCUGCGUAUUUCCCAGGAUGACGAGCAACAGUUUAGAUGCACUUCUAUUCAUCACUACGUUGUCACUACUGUCAAGAUGGGAAUUCAUUGUAAAGCGUCCGUGAAGAUGAUAUUCAUGUUUGUUUAAAAUGUCUUUAAUAAUUUAUUAAAACAUUUAUUUUUAAACCCAUUUCUCAACGUGUUUACUAUGGAAGCCAGUUAUUGCCACAGAAUAAAAAAUAAAAAAGCCGGGUGGAAAAAUUGUUUUAUAUCUUGCUGUUAUGACUUUUUUUUUUUUUAAGCCGUGAAAACAAGGUCUAAAUUGUCAGAAUCUUUUUUUUUUUUUUUUUUUUUUUUUUUUUUUGUGGCGGCAACAGGCUUUUUUUUCUUUCACAGUUCUGACUUUUAACUUGCAAUUCUGAGAAGUCCAAAUUGUGAAAUUUAAACUUGUGAUGUAUAAAGUCGGUUACAUUAUUAUUUUACAUUCCAUAGUGGAAGCAAACAACAGAAUUGUGAAAUGUAAACUCAGAAUCACAAGGGGGGGAAAAAAGUCAAAAUUAUGAACUAUAAAGUUAAAUUUUUUAAUCCUUUAUUCUGUGGUUUAACAGAUUUCCAUAGUUUACAAAGAGUUUCCUUGAUUGUUUGAGACUUUGGCAUUAACAUAGGACUAAUUUAUCAAUAAUAAUGGUGCUAAGUUUUGGUCCUUCGAGUAUGUGGUGCCUAUAAAAUGUCUUUUCAACGUCUUAAACUUGAUUGUGCCAUACAAGAACGGUCUCUGAAUGAAUGAACUUUUCCUAAACUCUCAGAGAGCUGCCCUUUCAUAUUCUCAAAUAGUGCUAUUGGUGUAAUUGGGAAUUUUAUUUAAGGCUAAUAUAAGGAUUCGAGUUCUUGAUUGAUAUGAAUGGCAGUGUGUGGUUUGCUGUGUAAAACUGUAUAUAAUUAAUUGUGUGUACAUUUAUAUUUUUGUAUUUAUGGUUUACUAUAGUAAACUUUGUAAUCUGUUUA